AGGCGGGGGCGGCGGCGGCGGCGGCGGGCGCCCGCUUGGCCUCACGCCCCGGCUCGCGGCCAUGAACUUGGAGAGGCUGCGGAAGCGCGUCCGGCAGUACCUGGACCAGCAACAGUAUCAGAGUGCUCUGUUUUGGGCAGAUAAAGUAGCUUCCCUCUCUCAUGAGGAGCCCCAGGACGUGUAUUGGCUGGCUCAGUGCCUGUACCUGACCGCACAGUAUCACAGAGCAGCCCAUGCGCUCCGCUCUCGGAAACUGGACAAACUAUAUGAAGCAUGUCGAUACCUUGCAGCUAGAUGCCAUUAUGCUGCAAAAGAGCACCAACAGGCUCUCGACAUUCUUGAUAUGGAGGAGCCAAUCAACAAAAGAUUAUUUGAAAAAUACUUGAAGGAUGAGAGUGGCUUGAAAGACUCCUCCAGUGACUGGGAGAUGUCGCCAUCCUCAAUAAAGAGUUCAAUUUGUCUUUUACGAGGGAAGAUCUAUGAUGCUCUGGAUAACCGAACCUUAGCUACCUACAGCUACAAAGAAGCUUUGAAGCUCGACGUCUACUGUUUUGAGGCAUUUGAUCUUUUAACGUCACACCACAUGUUAACAGCCCAAGAAGAAAAAGAACUUCUUGACUCACUACCUCUUAACAAACUUUGUGCUGAAGAACAGGAAUUGCUACGUUUUCUAUUUGAGAACAAGUUAAAAAAGUAUAAUAAGCCGGGUGAAACUGUCAUUCCCGAGUCUGUAGACGGCCUGCAGGAGAACCUGGAUGUGGUGGUGUCUUUAGCCGAGAGACAUUAUUAUAAUUGUGACUUUAAGAUGUGCUACAAGCUUACUUCUGUAGUGAUGGAGAAAGACCCUUUCCAUGCAAACUGUUUGCCUGUACAUAUAGGGACACUGGUGGAACUGAAUAAAGCGAAUGAGCUUUUCUAUCUGUCUCAUAAACUGGUGGAUUUAUAUCCCAGUAAUCCUGUGUCUUGGUUUGCAGUGGGAUGUUAUUAUCUCAUGGUUGGUCAUAAAAAUGAACAUGCCAGAAGAUAUCUCAGCAAAGCUACAACGCUUGAGAAGACCUACGGGCCGGCAUGGAUUGCCUAUGGACAUUCAUUUGCUGUCGAGAGUGAACACGACCAGGCAAUGGCUGCCUACUUCACAGCAGCACAGCUCAUGAAAGGGUGUCAUUUGCCAAUGCUGUAUAUUGGAUUAGAAUAUGGUUUGACAAAUAACUCAAAACUGGCUGAAAGGUUCUUUGGCCAAGCUCUGAGCAUCGCACCAGAAGACCCCUUUGUUAUGCAUGAGGUUGGAGUGGUUGCAUUUCAGAAUGGAGAAUGGAAAACAGCAGAAAAAUGGUUUCUUGAUGCUUUGGAAAAAAUUAAAGCAAUUGGGAAUGAGGUGACUGUUGACAAAUGGGAACCUUUGUUGAACAACUUGGGACAUGUCUGCAGAAAACUGAAGAAGUACGCAGAGGCUCUGGAUUACCACCGGCAAGCCUUGGUGCUGAUUCCUCAGAAUGCGUCCACCUAUUCUGCCAUUGGAUACAUCCACAGUUUGAUGGGCAACUUUGAAAAUGCUGUGGACUAUUUCCACACCGCCCUCGGUCUUAGGCGAGAUGACACAUUUUCUGUUACAAUGCUUGGUCAUUGCAUUGAGAUGUACAUUGGUGACUCCGAAGCUUAUAUCGGAGCAGACAUUAAAGACAAAUUAAAAUGUUAUGACUUUGAUGUGCAUACAAUGAAGACACUAAAAAACAUUAUUUCACCUCCGUGGGAUUUCAGGGAAUUUGAAGUAGAAAAACAGACUGCAGAAGACACGGGGCUUGCACCACUGGACACCUCCAGGAAGACUCCAGAUUCCAGACCUUCCUUGGAAACCUUUGAAAUUGAGAUGAAUGAGAGUGACAUGAUGUUAGAAACAUCCAUGUCAGACCACAGCGCGUGAUCCCAGCAGUGGUCCUGGACCUGUUGUCCUGGUGUGUAGGGACAGAGACCCGCCCAGGAGAAUGGAGAGCACGCCUUUGCAACAGAUGUUUUCUGAUUCUCUGAACCUACAAAAUAGUUAUACGUAGUGGAAUAAAGAAGGUAAACCAUC